ACUUGAUGCAGUUGACAGCCUACAGAUGCGGGAAUAUUAAAACCCUGAAGAGAAUAGCAAGGCUCGGCGCAAAGUGAAAUAAAACCGAACACUCUUCGAAACAUAUGAUGGCAGCCAGAUAAGCUUUAAAAAUCACCAAUUAAAGGCAAAUUUGUCUGCAAAAGAACGAUUUAUUGUUUCGAAGUUUCUGUCCACAGGAUCUUCAUUAAUUCGAAAAUUGAAAGCGGCUGAGAAUUGUACGGUUUAAUUUCCGUUACGGCUCACUAAUAACAGGUGUAUCAUCAAGUCACGAGCGCUUUUUGUAAGACAAAAUUGCUAAAAGGAAUUGAUCGCAACUAACUGUUUUGCGGGGUAUAAUUAUACAAUAUAUCACAUUGAGUGACCAUAGAAACUGGCGGAAUUAAUGGUCCAACACACAAUGGGAACGUCGAUUGAAAUUGCAACGAUUGAGCACUUAGAACUGAACAAGUCCAUACAAAACGAUGUAUGUGGUUCGAACAAUUCCGAUGUGUGGAAACUUACAUCGCCAGUGUGCAGUACGCAGUACGCAUCCUUCUCAACAUUCUUCUUGGUUGCGCUAGUUCUUAUCGUCAUAACAUUUAUUACUGUAUUCGGCAAUCUUCUAGUGCUCGUGGCGUUAUACCGCUUCAAAAAACUUCGAUCCAUGUCAAACUGUCUGAUAGGAAAUUUGGCCGUAAGUGAUUUAUUACUUGCCCUGUCAGUACUGCCAAUAUCCGUGACGAACGAUCUUCUGGGAUACUGGGUGUUUGGAAAGAUUAUGUGUACCAUUUGGUUAUGCAUCGACGUAUUGUACUGUACUGCAUCAAUAUGGGGCCUGUGUACAAUAGCCGUGGACAGAUACACGGCAACGGUUUAUCCGGUAUGGUACUUGGAAAAGAAAUCUCCAACACGAGCUCUCGUCUAUAUAAUAUUCGUUUGGUUGUUUUCUAUAAUUGUUUCCAUCGCGCCUUUCAUAGGAUGGAGAGACAUGAUCCAGAAUUUCUACAUGUAUGACCCAUUUACAAACAAACAACAGUGUGUGUUGUUUUUCUCAAAUUCGUACGUCGUUUACUCAGCCAUGGGUUCCUUUGUUAUACCAACCUUUCUAAUGGUAUUCUUGUAUGUGCGGAUUUUUAAUGUCCUUCGAAAACGAACGCGCUCAAUGCAGCCCAUGAAGAAAAGGGUAAUGUUCCCGUCAGAAAGUGACUUUGAAUCGGAGGCGCAAGCAGCUGAAGAUGCCGAUAGUGAGGAGAAAACGGAUGUUGAACUGAAAGUUGCGUCGACGCAAACUACGCCUAGGAAUUUACCGUGUAAACAUGUGGACGGCACGCGACCCAAAACGGCUAACGGGCAUGGUAAACAUGUAACCGAGUCUAACGCUGUACCAAAUAACCAACUGCUAACUCGUUCGAUCGCACCAGAUUCAAAUUCCAACAGUGUUCACUAUAAUGGUACCGAUUUAAAAAUUGAGGUAACUGACUUUACAGAAAACGACAUUUACUCAAACAAUAGCAUUUCAAAACCACGAAAAGAGAGUAAUUCGAGCUUGCUAAAGGCUAAAAACUGUAACUUACAAGUCACAUAUGACCAUAAGAAAUUCGCGAACGGCAAAAGCCCUAGCCAUGUUUCAAGAAAAAGUAUUACUUUCAACGAAGAAUCGUCCGAGGUGGAACCGCAUCCGAGGUACCUUCGUUCUCCACGAACAAGCAAGGCCAUGUUUUUUCCAUGGAACAGAGGCGCUUCUGGGAACAUUAGUGUCAAACAUAAAUACGAACUGCGGGAACGCCGCGCCACCAAACGGAUGGCGAUGAUAAUGGCGUGUUUCUGUUUUUGUUGGUGGCCAUUUCUUUUAAUGUACACGAUAAGAAGCUUUUGCAAAGCGUGUCCAAUUGACCCCCACUUUCAGGCGGCAAUAAUCUGGCUUGGUUAUGCCAACUCUAGCUUAAACCCGAUAUUGUAUACGAUAUUCAACGAUGACUUUAGAAAGGCAUUCAAGAAAAUUGUUUUGUGUAAGACCAAGCGCCGUAACCGAAGACAUACGUAGUUUCAUCAAUUCAAAAGUAUGAUAAUUAUACAUUAUUCCGUAUACACAUGUUGCUGUUAAGUUAUUCGUGUUUGUCAGUUUACGAUAUUUUAACUGCUGUACAUGCCGUUGCUUUGCUUUGUGAUGACAUGUGUAACAUGCAUACUAUUUGCGAAAGGCAAAUAUCCCAAUUGCUUCAUUUCCAAGUGUUUAUGGAUUGUGAUAUUUGUUUUGUAAUAGCAUGCGCUUCAUUUUCAUUUAAGUAUCGCAAAUUACUUAAAAAACAAUUUACUAUUAACAAUACGAGGAAUGCACUGCUCGUUAAUGAGAAAGGAAUACUGAAUAUACUGAUAAAUUAUGUUCCUUUCAUUACGUUUGUAUAGUUUUCUGACAAUAUCUCAUCGUCAAUACGCAGGUAUAUCAAACAUAGCACAUGGUAAAACAUUUGCUGGUCGGUUACGUGUUCAAUUAUAAUGAUGCAUCAAAAUAGUUUGACAUUAUGUGCCCUUUUGCUAAGAUAUGUUCUCCAAUCUCAUAUUUUCUUAACAUAAAACAUGAAUAUUGAAAUCAGUUUUGUAUAAAGACAUUG